UGGGGCCCAGAUGUAACAGGAGGAUGGAGAUGCUGUUUCAGGUGACAACGGUGCUUUGUUCAAUCCUCACACCCCUGUUGACUUCUUUAAAACAGGGUUUCAGUAUAUACCUUUGGUUGGCCUUGAACUCACAGAGAGUCUCCUAUCUCUGACUUCCAAAUGUUGCUAUUAAAGGCAUGGACCGCAACACUGGCCUUAUUACUUCUAUUUUGAUUGUUUCCAGUUACCAAUUGGCCAGACUUCUGCUUUGUUAGUUGCUUGAUGUUCAGCAGGUAGGUCAUGAAGCAAAGGCCGGUGUCUUGGAAGCACCCUGCUCAGGACCAACAGAGGAAACACACUGAAAGCAUGCAAGAGGAAUCCCUGAGCCUCACUUUGACCCUACUGAACGGUUACCCCAAAUCCCAGUGCUCAGGAGCGCUGUGCUCCAAAUUCAUGAAGAGGAUAUGCAGAAAAGCAUGCAAGAAACAGAUUACUGAGCCACACUUCGCUCCUCACUGAACAGUGAUUCCCAAUCCCAAUGCUCAGUAGCUGCAGCAUCUGAUUUUGGCCCUGGUGCCAUCUCUAGAACGAGUGCAGAUUGCCAGGGCUGGGGAACUGGGGAACAGAAAGUGCUCCUGUCACAGUUAAGGCCUAAGAAAUGACAGGUGAGCAUCCAACACUGAGAAAGGUGACUUGUGUGCACAAAUUCAUCUUUCUGGGAAUCUUUCCAUUCGCAGGCCCUGGAGAAGGGCUCACGGGAAGCACAGACCACUUCACGAGUUCAGAGAGAGGGCGCUCUCAGUGUCUCCGCCUCCCUGCACGUCCCCGACGCCCCGCGCGUCCCCGCCGCUGCGCUCCCGCUUCCUGAGACCCCUGUGAUCCCGCAGCUCGCUUGCCUGUCCCUUGCCAGUGUCGCCGCUGCUGCCGGGCCAUGGCGACCUGCUUUCUGCUGCGGAACUUCUGGGCCGCGCGUCCCACGCUGCCGCCUCCGGGCCGACUCCUCCGGGAGCCCGCAGGGGCCCAGCGGCGCAGCUACGCCGGCGGCCCGGCUGACCUCCACGCCGACCUGCUCCGCGGGGACAGCUUUGUGGGCGGCCGCUGGCUUCCAACUCCCGCCACCUUCCCUGUGUAUGACCCGGCCAGCGGCGCCAAGCUGGGCACCGUGGCCGACUGCGGGGUACCGGAGGCCCGCGCUGCUGUGCGCGCCGCCUACGAUGCCUUCAGCAGCUGGAAAGAGAUCUCGGUCAAGGAGAGGAGCUCAUUGCUCCGUAAAUGGUACGACUUAAUGAUACAAAACAAGGACAAGCUUGCGAAGAUCAUAACAGCUGAGAGUGGAAAGCCACUGAAAGAGGCCCAGGGAGAGGUCCUGUAUUCAGCGUUUUUCCUGGAGUGGUUCUCAGAGGAAGCUCGCCGUGUUUAUGGAGACAUCAUCUAUACCUCUGCCAAAGAUAAGCGAGGACUGGUCCUCAAGCAGCCCGUUGGUGUGGCGUCCAUCAUCACACCGUGGAAUUUUCCCAGUGCCAUGAUCACCCGGAAAGUGGGGGCUGCCCUGGCAGCUGGCUGCACUGUGGUGGUAAAACCUGCUGAAGAUACACCCUAUUCUGCCCUGGCCCUGGCUCAGCUUGCAAACCAGGCAGGAAUCCCUCCAGGUGUCUAUAAUGUCAUUCCCUGCUCUAGAACCAAGGCCAAGGAAGUGGGAGAGGUGCUGUGUACUGAUCCCCUCGUGUCCAAAAUCUCCUUUACUGGCUCAACGGCAACGGGAAAGAUCCUGCUGCAUCAUGCAGCAAAUUCUGUGAAGCGUGUCUCCAUGGAGCUGGGUGGCCUCGCCCCAUUCAUUGUCUUUGACAGUGCCAACGUGGACCAGGCUGUCGCAGGAGCAAUGGCAUCUAAGUUUAGGAAUGCUGGGCAGACUUGCGUUUGCUCAAACAGAUUCUUGGUACAACGGGGUAUCCACGAUUCCUUUGUAACGAAGUUUGCAGAAGCGAUGAAGAAAAGCCUGCGUGUAGGUAACGGAUUUGAGGAAGGAACAACUCAAGGGCCGUUAAUUAAUGAGAAAGCUGUAGAAAAGGUAGAGAAGCAUGUGAAUGACGCAGUUGCCAAAGGGGCCACGGUUGUGACAGGCGGGAAGCGACACCAGAGCGGAGGGAAUUUCUUCGAACCCACCCUGCUCAGCAAUGUCACCAGGGACAUGCUCUGCAUCACCGAGGAGACCUUUGGGCCGCUGGCACCAGUCAUCAAGUUUGAUAAAGAGGAAGAGGCUGUCGCCAUCGCAAAUGCAGCUGAUGUUGGAUUGGCAGGUUACUUUUACUCUCAAGACCCAGCCCAGAUCUGGAGAGUGGCGGAGCAGCUGGAGGUGGGCAUGGUUGGCGUGAACGAAGGACUGAUCUCUUCAGUGGAGUGCCCUUUUGGUGGGGUGAAACAGUCGGGCCUUGGGCGAGAAGGGUCCAAGUACGGCAUUGACGAGUAUCUAGAGGUCAAGUAUGUGUGUUAUGGAGGCUUGUAGGGUUCUCACUUCUUUAAUAAAUCUACCUAGAUCCGUAGGGA